UCCAUUAACCAUUCCAUGAACACAGGAUUUUUAGGUGAAACCAAACCAGUUACACAGGGUAAAACACCAGGUGUAACCAAACCAGUUACACAGGGUAAAACACCAGGUGUAACCAAACCAGUUACACAGGGUAAAACACCAGGUGAAACCAAACCAGUUACACAGGGUAAAACACCAGGUGUAACCAAACCAGUUACACAGGGUAAAACACCAGGUGUAACCAAACCAGUUACACAGGGUAAAACACCAGGUGUAACCAAACCAGUUACACAGGGUAAAACACCAGGUGUAACCAAACCAGUUACACAGGGUAAAACACCAGGUGUAACCAAACCAGUUACACAGGGUAAAACACCAGGUGUAACCAAACCAGUUACACAGGGUAAAACACCAGGUGUAACCAAACCAGUUACACAGGGUAAAACACCAGGUGUAACCGAACCAGUUACACAGGGUAAAACACCAGGUGUAACCGAACCAGUUACACAGGGUAAAACACCAGGUGUAACCGAACCAGUUACACAGGGUAAAACACCAGGUGUAACCGAACCAGUUACACAGGGUAAAACACCAGGUGUAACCGAACCAGUUACACAGGGUAAAACACCAGGUGUAACCGAACCAGUUACACAGGGUAAAACACCAGGUGUAACCGAACCAGUUACACAGGGUAAAACACCAGGUGUAACCAAACCAGUUACACAGGGUAAAACACCAGGUGUAACCAAACCAGUUACACAGGGUAAAACACCAGGUGUAACCAAACCAGUUACACAGGGUAAAACACCAGGUGUAACCAAACCAGUUACACAGGGUAAAACACCAGGUGUAACCGAACCAGUUACACAGGGUAAAACACCAGGUGUAACCGAACCAGUUACACAGGGUAAAACACCAGGUGUAACCGAACCAGUUACACAGGGUAAAACACCAGGUGUAACCAAACCAGUUACACAGGGUAAAACACCAGGUGUAACCGAACCAGUUACACAGGGUAAAACACCAGGUGUAACCAAACCAGUUACACAGGGUAAAACACCAGGUGUAACCAAACCAGUUACACAGGGUAAAACACCAGGUGUAACCAAACCAGUUACACAGGGUAAACCACCAGGUGUAACCGAACACCAGAUAGCCUACCGUGCAUAUAGGUACAUUCAGAUUUCUAUGUUUAGAACAUGUUCAUGUAUCAGAGAAAGCCAGUAAGGACAUAUCCAAACAUUAAUGUCCUCAAUCAUUUUUUUUAGGAGAAAUCCAAACGGAAUGAUUUAUAGCCUCACCAUACCAGUCAAAACA